ACGCACGUAUUCUCUCCAACUCCGUCUGAGUGUGUCGGUGCUACAAUGGGGAGUUGAGGAUAAGACAGCGGCUUGUUUUCGUCCAUAUUUAACAACACAAAGCUGUCCUUAUGCCGCGUUUUGGAGAUCGUUCUUCACCGCAGGAUCCCCGGUAUAGUGUAAGGGGAGCCGGCAUUCAGACACGGGAAAACACCACUCAGGUUCGGUAGAAGAGGAGCACAACUGACUACGCGUCCAAGCGCCCGUCUGCGGCUAGCCAACCAAUAAGACAUGAGCGCUGUCAGAGACAUACCAGGGAUUGGCUACCGGGGCAGCGUGCUGGAGGGCCACGCCCCCUUCACCGAGGACGCCCCUAGGCCCCCGGUACCGGGAGAGGAGGGGGGUGGUGGGGGGAGAGGAGAAGGAGGGGGCUCCCUCACUCCCCCUAGCCACGCCUGCCCCCCCCUCCCCUCCUUCUACCACCCCCCCUCGAAGGCCGACCUCUACCGGGACCCCCCCUCCGCCACUCCCCGCCGCCCCGACUUGGACCUGGGCUACGAGCCUGAAGGCUCCGCCUCCCCCACGCCGCCCUACCUGAAGUGGGCGGAGUCUCUGCACUCGCUGCUGGACGACCAGGAGGGGAUCCAGCUGUUCCGCAGCUUCCUGCGGCAGGAGGGCUGCGCCGACCUGCUGGACUUCUGGUUCGCCUGCAGCGGCUUCCGCAAGACGGCCAAUCAGGAGAAGAGGCCCAAGCUGGCCAAGGCCAUCUACAGGAAGUAUGUGCAGGAUGGGGGCGGGAUUGUGGCGCGCCAGAUCAAACCCGCCACCAAGAGCUUCAUCAGGGACUGUGUGGUGCGCCUGGCACCCGACGCCUCCAUGUUCGAGCAGGCCCAGACAGAGAUCCAGACCACCAUGGAGGAGAACACCUACCCUUUGUUCCUGAAGUCAGACGUGUACCUGGAGUACACCAGGACGGGGGGCGAGAGCCCUAAGCCCCCCAGCGAGCAGAGCCCCCGGCCCCCCGGCUACCUGCCCACCCUCACUGAGGACGUGGAGUGGAGGAACGGACAUGCAGGAGGGGAGGAGGAAGAGGAGGAAGAGGAGGAGGAGUCUGGGGACACUCCAGCCAAUCGGCUGACUCACAUGCUGUUGAUGGAAACCGCCCCCCAGAGGACCUCGACCAAUAAGAGGACGCAUGAGACUGGAUGGGUGGAUAGGUCCUGGAGGGAGCCGGCUAACCCAUACUAUGUCAAUAUGGGGUAUGCACACGCCCCGGCAACCAGCGCUAACGACAGCGAGCAGCAGAGCAUGUCCAGCGAUGCAGACACACUGUCCCUGACAGACAGCAGCCUGGAUGGGAUUCCACCAUACCGGUAUCAUCGGAAGCAUCAUCGCAGAGAGAUGCAUGACAGUGUGAAAGCCAAUGGACGCGUUCCUCUACCUCACAUACCACGCACGUACCGCAUGCCUAAGGACGUCCAGGUGGAGCCAGAGAGGUUUGCUGCCGACCUGAUCAGACGUCUGCAGACGGUGCUGAGAGAGAGGGAGGCCCAGGAGCGGCUGGAGGAGAGGCUGAGGAGGGUCCGUCUGGAAGAGGAGGGCGACGACGCCGACGUCUCCAUGGCAACCACGCUGACAAGCCACGGCAACAAGCCCCUCCCCCCCUCUUCCCUCCCGCCCCUCUACGGAGCCCGCUACUCGGAGACGGGCGGUUACCACGACGACCACGAGGACAACCCGGAGGCUAUCUUGGACGAGCACGUGCAGAGGGUCAUGAGGACGCCCGGGGGGCAGUCGCCGGGGGCGACCACAGGACGCCCCUCCCCCAAGUCUCGCUCGCCCGACGGGGGGGUCGCAGGGUCGUACCCCCGGGGGGGUGCGGGGGGCAGGGGGCACAGGGCGGGGCAGAAGGGAGGAGACAAUGCUGCUGUGGGAGCAGGUGUGUUUCACCACAAGCACAACUACCACCACCCUCCAGGGGGCGUGGCUCGAUCCUCAGAGGAGGCGGGGCUUAGGGGCCAAUUCGUCUGGAAUGGCGACGCCCACCACUACGCAGGGAGGGGUCGUAACUAUGCCGACGGCACCGUGGAAGGCAUGCUGGGAUACGGCAGUAAAGGCAGCACGUUGUCGAAACGACCCUCCAAGAAGGUGGAGUCUGGUGAGGAGGGGCGGGGCUUGGAUACUCAGAGCCCAUUGGACGAUCUGGAGAGGAACCAGAAGAUCCUCCAAUGGAUGAUGGAGGGGGAGGCACUAAGACACAAGAAGAACACACAUGGGAGCAGCAGUGCAGGAGGCUCCAGCAGGAAGGGUGACCCCCCCUCCGCCUCCUCCUCCCGCCCCGUGUCCGUGGAGCGUCCAGGAGCCGUGCACCCCUGGGUCAGCGCCCAGCUCCGGAACCCCGGGGUCGUGACCUCUCACCCCCACCCGGGGGUCAUGCCCUCCCACCCCUUCAUCCAGGACCCCACCAUGCCCCCCAACCCUGCCCCCAACCCCCUCACCCAGCUGGAGGAGGCCCGCCGCAGGCUGGAGGAGGAGAGGAGGAGGAGCGCCCUGGGCCAGCAGAAACAGAGACACAAGUCUGCCAAGCGGCCAGCCAAUGAGAAUGUGACGGUGGCGUACUACUUCUGUGGGGAGCCAAUCCCGUACCGGACCUCGGUCAGGGGGCGGGUCGUCACGCUAGGCCAGUUCAAGGAGCUGCUCACCAAGAAGGGAGGCUACAGGUUCUACUUCAAGAGAGUGAGUGAUGAGUUUGACUGCGGGGUGGUGUUCGAGGAGGUGAAGGAAGAUGACGCCAUCUUGCCCAUCUACGAGGAGAAGAUAGUGGGAAAGGUGGAGAAGGUUGACUGAACAGGAAACAGGAAGUGGAACCUCGGAAGCCAGAAGAAGAGGAGGAUGAGUCAGAUAAAGGCUGAGAAGACGAGAGGAGAGAAACGUUUCUGUUGGGGAACCAAGGAGGGAGGAAGUAGAGAGAGGAAGGGAGGGAGGGAGAGAAGUGGAAGAUGUAGGUAAUCUCCCUUCUGUCAGAGGAGAGAAGGGGAGGAGGGGAGAGGGGUGUAGGAAGGGAGAGAGGAAGAGAGGCCAGUGGUCAAAUAAGGGAAGAGAAUGAGUAUUGUUUUGGAAUGGAACCCAGCCCAAUGCCUUGUUACCGAGACAACAGCGUUUGGUCUGGUGUCCUGUAGUGACGUGAACCAACCUCAAAAACUACAGACUUCUGAUGCUACGCCAGGCAUUCAGACUGAAGAACAGGUCAUCCGCUAGCCAGUGUCCGCCAUGUUUGUAGUUUAUGGAGGGAUGCGUGUGUACUCAGGUACCCUUCUGUAGUUCUGACUAACCAGAACCUGCGUGCUUUAGUCUCAUCAGGACGACCCUCCUCUCUCUCGUCCUCUCCCUCCCUUUCUCUCUCUUUCCGACUGUUCUAACAUUAGAACCUUCCCAGUGGACCUGGUUGUUCCACAAGGUUCUAGAACACCUCAAAUCUUCUUCCAACCCUCAACUCGGCCUAGUCUGUGUCAGAUCGCCCCCCUCUCUCCCCAUCCCUCUUUCUAUCACUCUCCUCCUUUCCCUCCCACUCCCUCUCCUCUCUGAGCCUGAAUGCCUGACACAACCAAAGACCAUGUAGACCUGUCUCCAUAGUGACAAGUGUUUGUGUGUGUCAGUGCUGUUUGUAACUAACCUAUGAAUCAUGAAUCACCUGUCGUCCCCCCUCCUGUUUUGACAGUUUAAAGACAGGAAGUGGUUUACAGGAAGUGGAUGUUUCCAUUCCUGACAAGCAUGUUGGCUGCUGGGGACGUUGUCACCGUGACGACGGGCCAUCGCGUUGGCUGUGUUGUUUCUAAGUGUCUAAACUUCCCUGGCCUUUCAAAUCCACUAUUUAUGCCGCCCCCCUCCCCCAUAUUAGAACAAUCUGGAACAGAGGGGGGUUUGUUUUUAAUAAUAUGAUUAUUAUUAUUAUUGUUAAUCGUAUUACCAAACAAGUGUCAGUGAUUAUGACCACGUAUCAGUUCAAUUAAAAAGCAGUGCCUUUUACGUCCUAAGUUGAAAGCCUUCACAUGUACUCCCCUUCUUCCCCUCACCCCCGUGGUCACAAUGUUUUAUUGUUAACAAGCGGGGUCAUCACGUUGUUGUUGUUGAUCAUGAUUAUCAUCCGUGUCUGGAUUCUUCCUCCUGUAAAUAUGUACAUUCUCAUAUUUCAUGUGUCCUCCAAACCUGCCCGGCAACAGUGCGCUGAUUGGUGUUUAUUUUGUAAGAUGGUGCUGUGUGGGAUGCAGGGCGACUUUUUAACAAGGUACUUGGAUAAUAAAGAACUGUUGGAUAAAUA